AUGGAAAAGCGAGGCAAAUACACUGUUUUGGAAGUUCCGGAGUGUGAUUUAACCCAUUACACUGGUCCGGACGGAGGACAAUUCAGUCGCUGGAAGGUCAGCGGUCAAGACGACCUCACUCAACCCUAUGGAAAACUCUUCAAAGGCGGAUUUUUUCCUGAUCUACGUUUAAAUCUACCGAAGAUCAAGGACAUGAAAUGUCGAAAUGACGACAUUUUUCUGUGUGCCUAUCCAAAGUCAGGUACGCACUGGGUAUGGGAGAUAGCCAACAUGCUGGUGACGGGAGAGCUUAAGUACCUCACCCAAAUAAAGGAGGACGCCAUGAUGGAGCUGCAUUACCCAGAGGAAUUCGACAACGUGGCAUCACCUAGGAUACUUAAUACUCACCUACCUUUCCGGGUGUUGCCCUCUGACGUCACGAAGAAACAUCUUAAGAUUAUUUUUGUCCAAAGAAAUCCGAAAGAUGUGAUUGUAUCAGCUUACAAUCAUAUGAACAAAAUGAAACCAGAAAAUGAAAGACCAACGUUUAGAGAUUUCGUCAAUUGGUUCCAAUAUACUCUUAAAUGGGAGAAAGUCAUGGCAGAAAACCCUGAAUACCCUAUACAUAUGGUCUACUACGAAUCACUCAAAAAGAACCCUGAGGAGGAGAUUGCCCGUCUGGCUAGGUUUUUAGGGAAGGACAGGGAUGAGACAUUUAUAGCAGAAGUGGCCAAAAUGUGCAGAUUCUCCAACAUGAAAAAGGCCAACGACCAGGUGAAAGACCACUCGGAAUACCCCAUGUUUGAUAAGUUGAUGAAGGGAAUGUACAGGAAAGGGGAAAUUGGUGAUUGGAAAAACUGGUUUACUGUAGCCCAAAAUUUGCAGUAUGAUGAAAUCUUCAAGGAAAAAAUGAAAGAUUCAAAACUCAAAUUUGUAUUUACAUAA